AUGUCGGACUCUGUAGAUCGAGUCUUUGUUCAUGCGCUCAAUACCGUUAAGAGGAUUCCCCGGACCGGCACUGCGCGACCUCCCGCUGCCGAGCGGUUGGCUCUAUAUGGCUUGUAUAAGCAGAGUAUGGAGGGGGACGUGGAAGGUGUAAUGGAUCGACCGAUUGGGAAUACGUCAGAGGUGCACGCGGAGUGCGAGAAAUGGGAUGCAUGGUACGCGCAGCGCGAUAUGUCGCGCACCGAAGCCAAACGCCGAUACAUCUCAACCCUAAUCGACACAAUGCACGAAUACGCCUCCCAAACCCCCGAAGCACGCGAGCUAGUCUCAGAGCUCGAGUUCGUCUGGGACCAGAUUAAAUUCAACGCCUCCUCGUCGUCCAAUUCCAGUCCACUGAAUACCGUCGGUGUCCCGCCCUUAUCGCGCAGUGCAUAUGGGAGUAUUGGGGGUCGAUUGGCGGCCCAAUCGGACUAUGACCGUCCCGAUCGACGGGAUGAUACCAGUCGACGGGAUCGGGAUUCACGGUUACGGGUUCUCAGUCCUGUGAGCCAACCGGAGGAGGCGUCGUAUUACCGACGGGGGAGGGGAUCUAUAGAAAACGACGAUGGAAGUCGACAUAAUGAAGAUGAAGAUGAGGAUGAUGAGGAGUUUGAGGAAGCUCGUGAUAGCUUAUACGAAGAACAAGAUCAAGACGACCACGACGACAAUGACCCGGAUCAUGGUAGCUCGACCUCCAACACACAUACACUUACACAUACCGACGUCUCUUCACAGCACCAUCCCAAACACCGACGCAAUCCUGCUUCUGGAAUUAGUAUAGAUAGCAGUGGGAAUGGACUCACACGUCGUCGAGAUUCCCAGCCACAUUCACAAUCCCAGGAACCACCGAAAGACAGUCGCUGGCGUCGUCGUGUCGAGCAGGCCUUGACGAAAAUGACGGCUGAGAUCGCUGCUGUGCGGGAGCAGAUGGAGGCUCGAUCUGUUGCACAGCGUCGUCGGAAUGGGUUGUUUGCGUGGCUGAAGUGGAUGAUUUGGGUUGCUGUGCGGCAGAUCUUGUUUGAUAUUGCUAUGCUGGGUAUGUUGCUUAUUUGGAUGCGGUUGAGGGGGGAUCGUCGUGUCGAGCAGCGGCUUAAGACUGGUUGGGCCGCUGUUAAAGCCAGACUUGGGAAGUUUAAGCUUCUGAAGAUCGUGGAUAUGCCUAUUCUGCCAUAA